UGUCGAUUUUAAGCAUUGUGAUUUUUACUUUGAAAAUACCAAAGUGAUUAAUAAUAAAAAAAAAUUUAAGAAAACCUCUUAAAGACCAGAAUGGCAGGGCGUGGACGCGGAAAAACUGGUUCGCUCACUCAAGAGCAGUUGCAGACAUUAGGAUGUAUAGGGAAAGAUAUUCCCCAAGUGCAGACCGCGCCUCCUCCUACAUUUCCAGCGUUGAUGUCCAAACCAGUAAAACUUGAGACAACAGCGGCACAAAAUUAUCAAAUACUCUGGAAGGAAGCAUAUCUCAAUCAUAUGCGUGAUUCUCCGUACUUCCUCACCCCUAAAAUUGCAAAUAUCAACAGUAAUUUACAAAGCUACUCAGAUCAAUGGGCGAGCGCGGUUGAAAAUGCUAAAGCGAAAUCAAAAGCCGACUUUGUUUGGCAAAUGAUGCCCGCUGAAUUGCAAAUUACACAAAAGAAACGUCGUAUUGCAGGAGGCGACCAAAUUAUUGCCAAAAAGCCAAAAAAUAUAGACGAUCGCUUGAAGGUGCUGGAGGAAAAGGAGCGCAACGAAGAUGAUAAAGACAUAACAAAAGCGUCUUCAGAUUCUGAGCAUGAAGAGGAAGAAGAGGAAGCGCCGGCAGACGAAGAGAUGGAUGAUGAGAACGACUAUGGUGUUAGUUACUUUGACAAUGGUGAAGCCUAUAAUGAAGAGGAUGACAAUCUUGACGACGGGCCUGUUUAUUAAAAUAAAAUAUAAAUCUUUGUAUAUAUAACU